CUGUCCUGCCGGAAAGAAGAUACCUUCAUGUGGGAGGAAAUGGAAGAGCAGGGAUUGGAAGUAGCUCAACAGAAGAACCUUGAAGGAUAUGUGGGCUUUGCUAAUCUGCCAAAUCAAGUGUACAGGAAGUCUGUGAAGAGGGGGUUUGAAUUCACACUUAUGGUUGUAGGUGAAUCUGGUUUGGGAAAGUCAACUCUCAUCAAUUCACUUUUCUUAACGGAUUUAUAUGCCCCAGAUUACCCGGGUCCAUCGCACAGAAUUAAAAAAACUGUUCAGGUUGAGCAGUCCAAAGUUUUAAUCAAAGAAGGUGGAGUCCAGCUGCUUCUCACAAUAGUAGACACCCCUGGGUUUGGCGAUGCGGUGGACAAUAGUAACUGUUGGCAGCCAGUUAUCGACUACAUUGACAGUAAAUUUGAGGACUACCUUAAUGCAGAAUCACGGGUCAACAGGCGUCAGAUGCCCGACAACCGUGUGCAAUGCUGCUUAUACUUCAUCGCGCCUUCAGGCCAUGGGCUGAAGCCAUUGGACAUUGAAUUUAUGAAGCGUCUCCACGAAAAAGUCAAUAUCAUUCCACUUAUUGCUAAAGCGGAUACCCUCACGCCAGAAGAAUGCCAGCAGUUUAAAAGACAGAUAAUGAAGGAAAUCCAAGAACACAAAAUAAAGAUCUAUGAAUUUCCUGAAACAGAUGACGAAGAAGAAAAUAAGCUGGUGAAAAAAAUAAAGGACCGUUUACCUCUUGCUGUGGUGGGUAGCAACACUACCAUAGAAGUGAAUGGCAAGAGAGUAAGAGGAAGACAGUAUCCAUGGGGAGUUGCAGAAGUUGAAAACAGCGAACACUGUGAUUUCACUAUACUGCGGAACAUGUUGAUAAGAACUCACAUGCAGGAUCUGAAGGAUGUCACCAAUAAUGUACAUUAUGAGAACUACAGAAGCAGAAAACUAGCAGCUGUGACUUACAAUGGUGUGGACAACAACAAAAACAAAGGACAGCUAACAAAACUUGAAACGGUUGAAGGCAUGAGCCCUCUAGCUCAGAUGGAAGAAGAGAGAAGGGAACAUGUGGCGAAGAUGAAGAAAAUGGAGAUGGAAAUGGAGCAAGUGUUUGAGAUGAAGGUCAAGGAAAAAGUUCAGAAGCUCAAGGAUUCUGAAGCAGAACUCCAGCGACGUCAUGAGCAGAUGAAAAAGAACCUUGAGGCUCAGCACAAAGAGUUGGAAGAGAAGAGGCGUCAAUUUGAGGAGGAGAAGAUGAACUGGGAAACUCAGCAACGUCUACUGGAACAGCAGAAUUCUUCCAGGACCUUGGAGAAAAAUAAGAAGAAAGGGAAGAUCUUUUAAGACAUUUUUUGACCACCUUACUCUGUAUCCGUUGCCAACUUGCCAGCACAGACAUCAGUGUUUGUUGGAGCCAUUCAGCCACUUCUGAAACCAGUUGCAUCCAUUAAUGUUGGAUUAAACGGCAUGACCUUUUUUUUUAUUAUUGAUCUUAGUGGAGAUAAAUAUGCCUUGAAUUGUUUGAGGUUUUUUUGUUCUUUUUCUGCAUACUUGGAGAACUAUACGUUGCAAGUAACUGCUCCUUCUUUCCUUCUUCUCUUUCUUUUUAACUGAUGUCUUCAUUUUAAAAUCAA